UUCGUGAAUAUGUUACGCCUGUGUAUAAUUUGUGUAAGCUUCGGCUUCAUUCAGACUGCCCCGUUUGCAUACGAGGAUCCGUUUAUACCUAACUAUGACAGUGUCGAUUACAAUGAAAUGGUUAAUAGACCAAUACGCGACCUUAUCAUGAGAAGAGAUCCAGAAAUGCUACUCAGACCUCUGGAGGUGAGAAGUAAAUCAAAUGAACGUGUAUACAGCGAGAGUGACGAAAUCAUCAGAUUGCCUCCUUCAUCAGAAGACUUCAGUGAACUGGAUUCUUUACCAAAGACAACUUAUUUUGAACAUGGAAUUCAAGCUGCACUUCCUCUGGAAUAUUUCUUGAAUACGCAGAACGUGCCAUCACCAAUCGUGUGGGACAACCAAUACUUGCCCGUUAUGGAUUCAAGUAACUACGAUGUAAAUGUACUGAAUACUGAUUUAACUGGUAACGUAGAUGCAGAACCAUACGAAAUUGAUUUGUAUCCGUUGGUGCAUACCAGUGUGUCUGCGGCCCUGAACUCCGUGCCGCCGGUAAAUAGUUUACCACCAGCCUAUGUCGCGCAAAUGGAUGACAACAUGUCAACGUUGGAGACUCGCGCUGACUACGACAUUGAUGUACUGAAUCCUGAAAAUUCUGAACUGAUGCCACCUAACUUGCGAAUUACUCGCUCGAGAAGUGAUUUUUUGGAAGAUUUAGCUCAUGAUGCGAUGAUGAAUAAUCUUCUACCGACCAUGAGUGUGCCGUUUGUACGAGGUGCUGGCAGGUCGUCGGUGGCACAGCCGGCGCAGCGGAUGGGUCCUGUGACAGCUACCUAUCCUGGGGCGAGCAAUAACUGCGCAGUGCCGAUACUAUUGCGCUGUUCUCCGAAUAUAAUUCGCGGAACAUUGUCCAAUACCUACUUAGAACAAUCGCCUCCCGUUAUGUCAGGAACGGUUUAUAGGGAAAAAGACUCCACUGGUCAUAAGACGUUGACUAAAGCAAAAAUGUAAAUCAUCAUGUUUAGUAGUAUCAAAUAACGUACCCAUAUGUUUAUGCACUGUCUGUACCCAGUAAAUAAAUGAUUGAAUGACAAA